AUGGUCAAUAUGGAGUCGGAGAAGAGCGGCCUGUUGCCGCCGUACAGCGCCGCGGCCGUCACGCCGCCUUCCGGCCAACGCCCCUCACAACACCAUCGCAAGCGGUGGUUGCGACCUAGCCGCAGCAUGAAGCUGAUCGUCGGAUGUCUCGCCUUCAUUGCGUUUGCCCAAUGGAAGCAGCUGUCCCUUCUGCCCAGCCGCCAGUCGUCUAGCAACCUGUCCGUCGACCGCCUGCAACAGGAUCUGUCAACUUGCGCCAAGCUGCGACACAAGCCCCAGGACCCAAUUGGUCUUGGUCGCGAGAAGAACGCUCGUUAUGUUGACGGUCAGCGCCCGACGCUCAUUCGGAACGCCACGAUCUGGGUUGGUGAGGCCGUCGAAGGAACUUCCCCGGAAGAUGCGCGUGCUGGCAAGGGUUACUCGUGGAUCACCGCCGACGUUCUGAUCGGGCAGGGCCUCAUCCAAAAGGUCGAGGCCGAUAUCUCCCUCGACUCUCUUCCCGAGGAUAUCCAGAUAUGGGAUGCCAAAGGCCGUCAACUGACCAGUGGCAUCAUCGACAUGCACUCCCACGCUGGUGUUGGCGCUCUACCCGAGCUCAAUGGCAACCAAGACGUUAACGAGCUUUCCGCCGAUAUCACCCCUUACGUCCGAUCCAUCGAUGGCCUCAACCCCCUCGACCCACAGAUCCAGGUCAUCAAGUCUGGUGGCGUCACCACAUCCUUGGUCCUGCCGGGCUCUGGUAACAACAUUGGAGGCGAGGCCUACGUUAUCAAGCACGCUGUUGGCAAGGCUGACGGCCGCACCGAAUUCUCGGCCGAAGACAUGCUGGCUGACCCAGACCGUAACUGGCGCUACAUGAAGAUGGCAUGUGGAGAGAACGCCAAGCGCGUUUAUGGAAAGAUCGGCCACGGCCCUUUCUCCCGUCUUGGCGAGAGCUGGGAGUUUCGUCAUGCGUUCGAGCAAGCUGCGAAGCUUGUGCAAGAACAAGAUGACUGGUGUGCUGCCGCCGACAAGUUUGGUGUUGAAAGCCAGACUUCGUAUCUGCCGCAGGACCUCAAGUGGGAGAGCUUGAGUGCUGCAUUGCGCGGCCAAGUGCACAUCAACACUCACUGUUACACAAUCCCUGACUUGGAAGCAUUCGUGGACCACACCAACGAGUUCAAGUUCCCCGUUCGCGCGUUCCACCACGCUCACCAAACUUUCCUUGUGCCCGAGAUCUUGAAGCGAGUUUGGGGAGGUCGCCCGCCCGCCUCUGCGCUUUUCGCCGACAACAUGUACUACAAGUCGGAAUCGUAUGUAGGCUCUGAGUACGCCGGCAAGAUCCUAUGGGAGAACGGCCUUACGCCCGUAUAUGUCAGCGACAACCCUGUUCUGAACGCCCAACAUGUUCUUUUCGAGGCUGCCAAGGCAUACAGAUACGGCCUUCCCUACCAUGCCGCCCUGUCGAGUGUGACAUCUGCACCUGCUGAACUGCUUGGUCUCGGUCAGCGCAUCGGAAAGAUCAAGCCCGGGUUCGACGCUGAUAUCGCCGUUUGGGACAGCGAUCCUCUCAGUGUCGGUGCUGCACCGGUGCAAGUCUGGAUCGACGGAGCCGCCCAAUUCUCCGACCCCUUUGAACUCAAGAAGCCCCUGACCGGGCCCAUCUCUCCUGACCCAAAGCUGUCAAACACAACAGAGGAGACAACGGAUUUGGAAGAAGUGGUCUUCACUGGCGUCUCCAACGUCUGGCUCUCCGACGAAGACAUUCGCACGGGUGGCGACGAGACUGUUAACGUUGUCUUCGCCGACGGUGCUAUUAAGUGCAUUGGCGCCUGCGCCGAAGAAGUAGCAACCGCCAAGUCUGCGUCGAAGAGGGUCAUCGACCUAAAGAACGGCCACAUAACCGAGUCUUUCACUGCCUUUGGCUCUUUGAUUGGUCUCAACGAGAUCGACAACGAGGGCGACACGGACAACGGUCGCAACCCUACCGGCUUCAGCCGCGGUCUUGACGGGCUUGUCCUGGACAACAAGAAGCUGCAUGUGGCCAAGCGGUAUGGCGUCACCAAGGGUAUCUCGGCGCCCAAGUUCACCGGUGGUUUGACGCACUCCGGCACGAGUGUCGGCUUUAACACUGAUGCUCGGCACGCUCUUGAAAAGGGUGCUGUCUGGAGCGAGGACGUGGCAGUUCAUCGCACGCUGACGCUGGCUGCCAAGAGAGGCGACAACCCCUCCAUCUCAAGCGCUGUUGGAGAGCUCCGACACAGCCUCUUGGAGGCGGUUGCAACCAACGACACGGGGUCAGACCCGUUCUCGGAAGCUGCUUACCUCAAGAAGGUAGUCAACGGAGACCUUCCCUUGGUCCUGACGAUUCACAGCGCCGAUGCUAUUGUGGCUGCGCUGCGAGUCAAGGCGACGGUCGAGGAGGCUCUCGCUGCCAAGCGCCAGUCCACGGAAUCUACCAAGCUUCGCGUCGCCAUCAUUGGAGGUGCAGAGUCUCAUCUUGUCGCGUCUGAGCUGGCAUCCGCUGGUGUCGGCGUGGUCCUUGCCCCGUUCCAAUCGUACUCUACCACCUGGGACCAGAGACGUUCGCUGACCGGUGCUCCUCUCACGAACGGCACCGCCAUCGACACUCUUAUCGAUGCGGGAGUCGUGACCGCCAUCGGAUUGGAGGAGGACUGGCUCAUCCGUGAUCUGGGGCUUCUCGCUGGCAUUGCGCAGAAGAAUGGAAAUGGUCGGCUGAGCGAGAAAAAGGCCUUGGAUUUGGUUUCCACCAACGUUUACAAGAUCCUGGGCAUCGAAGAGCAGCAGUCCAGGAAGGCUCGCCACUUUGUUGUAUACGAGGGCAGCCCCCUCGAGAUUGGAGGACGAAUCCGCGCCGUUGGCAGUGGCCGUGACACGGUGUCUGUGUUUGUGUAA